AUGAUGGGAAUAAAAUCUAGCUUUCUGGAUCGAAACCUCACAGCCAUUGUUAUCGAGAAAGAUGUAUCGAUAUUUCAGAAAGUUGAACCCGAAACGCUGAUACCCGAAGUUCUUACCCAUAUGACGGAGACCAUACCAAAUGAGAUUUUUGACGUAAGCACAGAUACCAGGGACCUCGUUUCGCGUCUCCAGAGGUUGUCGCAUCAUUUAAACUCCACAUUCACGCAAAAUGGCGUGUAUCCAUUCACGAUGCAAAGGAUAUGCGAAGUUUGUUACCACCCUCUGAAAUAUUUCAAAACCCAUGAAUUAGCGAAGUUUGUUAAUGCUCUUGAGAGAUGCUGCUUGGUGAGCAGCGCUUUGGAGUUUGAGGAUACUGCUUGCGAGCAGAUUGGCGAUGCUGGCGACGUAUCGAUGGCUAGGAUAUCAUGGGUUAAAGAAGGUGAAGAGAAGGCACUUGGAUCAUUUCUGCGAGAGAUCGAGGCUACCGUAAGUGUCAACUUUGGAUAUGAGAUAGAAGAUGACGGGGAAGACCUAGUAAACACCGAUGAUGCCGAUUUUGAAAAUGCCCACGAAAGUAACAGCAAUCAAGUCUAUGGAGAGGAAGGAGAAGAAGAAGAAGAAGAGGAAGAAGAUGGGGAUUACGUUGACGAAGAAGAUGUCGACGAAGACGUGGACGACGACGUGGACGAAGACGUGGACGAAGACGUGGACGAAGACGAUGAAUAUAACAACUUAGAAGCGGAAGUUCUUGAUGCAGAAUUAGAGUCGCAAGAUAAAGACGAUCAAAGAGAAGAGCAAAUACGAAAUGGUUCUCGGGACAAUUUACAAAAAAUUACUCAUGUGCGAGGCGGAAAAUUUGGAGACUCCCGUGGCCCCUCGAAUGGCGCUGGCGCCCUGGAAGAAGAAGACACAACCAGCGAAGACGAAGACCUGGAAGCUGAUGAAGCAUUGCGCAAGCGAAAAACCACCGAGAUUGACGAUUUUGAAUAUGAAGACAGCGAUGUCCCUAGUAGCACCACCCCCAAGAAACAAAAAGCAACCAUUACCACUAAAGAUGCGUUAGCUCAUUCACCAUUGUUCAUGAAUGGUUCCGCGGUCCACAGCACCACUUUGGAACAGCAGGUUUCUAUGCUAAUUUCACCUAAGCCGGCUACGCCGUCGAGUUCCAAAAAAGUGCUUGCUCUAGCCAAUGAGGAUUUCAUAGAGAGCAGUCCACUUGGCAACAAGGGUAGGAAGGAGGGCGACUUUCAAAUUCAGAAUAGAUAA